AUGGCAGAAAACGUGGUUAUUUAUUUGGCUAAACAGAAGUCUCUGGCUAAGAAUAAUAUUGCUGAUAACUGGCACAAACUUGAGGAACUCUAUGCAAAAAAACUAUGGCAUCCAUUAACCAAAGAAGUUCGUUCAUUGAUUAACAAUAGUGAAUUCACAACGGAUCUUAACUUAAAGGACUUCUAUGAUAACUUUAUAAGCGAGUUCGAACUCAGAAUCAGUCCAAUUCAAUUGGUUGAAAUUGCUCUUCCAGUUUCAUCCUUUAUCUUCAAAACGAAUAUUGAAGAAGCCUAUGCCUUCUUGGGAAGAUUGAAGAACAAGGUCUUGAAAGACAAGGUUGCUGUCGCUCGAGUUCACACAGGUGAAAUUGAUCUCCGUUUGAACAACAGAGGCGCUCAGGAAGCUGUUAUUGACAUCAAACAUAUUAGAGAUAUGAUUGAAUCAACUCAAAAGGAAGUAGAUGAUCUCAACGGAGUUACAGAAGUUCAUGCUCCAUUCUAUAAGGUUUCUGCCCUCUACUUGCGAGAAGUUGGGGAUUUCGCCGGGUAUUACCGCGAGGCUUUAAGAUAUCUCGGAGUAGAAGACCCAGAUUCCCUUUCUCGACAAGAAAAGCACGUGCAAGCAUUAUUGGUUGGCUUCGCCGCUCUAUUAGGAGUCAACGUAUACAACUUUGGAGAACUGUUGGCUCACCCUAUUCUGAAAUCAUUGGAGGAAACUUCUGAAUCUUGGCUCAUUCCAGUCCUCUAUGCUUUUAAUUCUGGGGAUUUGGUGAAAUUCCACGAAAUGGAAAAACAUUGGGGUGAAUGGAAAGACUUGAAGAAGAAGAAAGAUUUUCUUGUGUGCAAAAUUCGACUCAUGGCUGUCAUGGAAAUCGCUCUCGCUCGUCCUUCUAAGGAAAGAAAUAUUCCUUUCUCAGAGAUCGCUGCGAAAUGCCAAGUUGGAGUUGAAGAGGUUGAAUUCUUGGUAAUGAGAGCAUUGUCCAAAGGGUUAAUAAAGGGUUUGAUUGAUCAAGUGAAUCAGACUGUUCAUAUUACAUGGGUACAGCCACGUGUGCUCAAUUCUGAUCAGAUUCUUCUGAUGUGUGACAGAAUGACGCUGUGGAGAAGAGAUGUUACUGCCAUCGAGAAUAUUGUGCACGAGAAUGCUCGAGAGAUACUCACAAAAAGCUAA